AUGAUUAUUUUACCUUCGACAUUUAUUGGAGGGCCACGUUGUUAUCAACAAUGUUUUAUGGAUGCUAUGCGAUUAGUUCAAGAAUUUGGAAAACCAAAUUUAUUUAUUACCAUGACAUGUAAUCCAAAGUGGCGUGAGAUUACAGAAAAUUUGUUGGAUAUUGAAAUUGCAUCUGAUCGUCCGGAUAUUGUGACUAGAGUUUUUCAACAAAAAGUGAAAGAGAUAAUGAAAGAUAUAAAAGAAAAAGAAAUUUUUGGACCAAUUCUUGCUUUUGUUUAUGUCAUAGAAUUUCAAAAGCGUGGAUUGCCACAUGUGCAUUUAAUUAUAUUUUUACGUAAUCCAAUUCGCGAUGCAGAAACUUUACAUAAAAUGAUAUGUGCUGAAAUUCCAGAUGAAACAAAGAAUCCAGAACUUUUUAAGAUUGUAAAGCAAUUUCAAGUUCAUGGGCCUUGUGGAAAAGAAAAUAUGAAUUCACCUUGCAUGGACCCUGAGAAGAAAGUUUGUACAAAAAACUAUCCAAAGCCGUUUUGUUCUGAAACAACUUAUGGUUCUAAGAAUUAUCCGGAACUCAGGCGAAGAAAUGAUGGUAAAAAAAUCAUUUUUUAUAACAAAGAUGGGUCAAUUAAAUGUACCGCUGACAAUUCGAUGAUCGUACCAUAUAAUCUGUAUUUGAGUAAAAAAUUUGAAGGUCAUAUUUGUGUUAUACCAUGUGGUAGUACGGAUGGCAUUAAAUAUUUAUUCAAAUAUAUGUAUAAAGGUCAUGACUGUGCAAUAAUAGGUUAUAAGGAUGAUAAUGAGGAAAUGAAAUAUGAUGAAAUUGUUAAUUAUUUAAACACACGUUAUGUAUGUCCACCAGAAGCUAUGCACAGAUUAUUCGAAUUCAAUAUGCAUGAACAAUCACAUACAACUUAUAGAUUAGCUGUACAUUUACCAAAUCAGCAAUUAAUAUGUUUUAAAGAAGGAUUAGAAGAAGAAGCAGUUAAUAAAUUUAAAAAUACGACAUUAACAGCAUGGUUCAAAUUAAAUCGAGAAAAUCCUGAAGCACGCAAGUAUUUGUACACAGAAAUACCACAUAAGUAUGUUUUCGUUGAAUCAUCAAAAACUUGGAAAAUAAGGGAACGAAUUACCAAACCUAUAAUUUGCCGCAUGUAUUUUGUAAGUCCGAAAGAUGUUGAAAGAUAUUUUUUGAGAGUCUUACUACUUUAUGUACGUGGUGCUAAAUCAUUUGAAGAUGUAAGAACAUAUGAAGGUAUUACAUACAAUACUUUUGUAGAAGCAGUGCGUGCACGAAAUUUGAUAGUAGAUGAUAGUGAAUGGGAUAAUUGUUUGGCUGAAGCUGUAAGCAUGAAAUUUCCUAAAGAACUUUGUCGUCUAUUUGCAUAUAUAUGUGUGUUUGGAUUGCCUGUGAAUGCAAUUGAUUUAUGGAAUAAGUACAAAGAACACAUGGUUUUUGAUAAUAAUGUACCUGUAGAAGUAGCAACUCAAAAAGCGUUAAUAUUAAUUAAUGAAGUGCUUAAUUUUCAUGGAUUUUCUCUAAAUAAAUUUGGUUUACCAAAUAUUGAUCAAAAAAUUAUCGACGAUUAUAUUUCUGUCGACAAGAAAGCUAAUGAACUAUCAUUAAAAUUGCUCAAAGAAGAAAGUGAAGUACUUAUUAAAAGUUUGAACAAUGAUCAGCGCAAAAUUUUUGAUGAUGUCAUGGCAGCAAUACAUAAUGAUGAUUGCAAAAAUAGGUACUUUUUUGUUUCUGCACCUGGUGGUUGUGGUAAAAGUUAUUUAGAAAAUACAAUUAUUGCUACUCUUGAAAGUGAAGAAUUAGUAGUUUUAGCAGUUGCUUGGACUGGUAUAGCAGCUAAUCUUUUAAGAGGUGGACGAACCUCACAUUCAGUUUUUAAAUUUCCUAUUCCAAUCAAUGAAGAUUCAACAUGUAAUAUAAGUAGCAUGUCAAAACACGCUGAACUUUUAAAAAAUGCCAAAAUUAUAAUUUGGGAUGAAAUUACGAUGGCACCUAAAUUUGCUUUACAAGCUAUGGAGACUAUGUUGCGAGAUAUAACACAAUGUAAUAAACCAUUCGGCGGUAAAGUUAUUUUGCUUUCAGGAGAUUUUAGACAAACUUUGCCAAUUAUUUCGCAUGGCAGUCGCACUCACAUUGUUGAGGUAUGUGUGAAAAAUAGUAGAUUGUGGGAUCUUUUUGAAACUAGGUCCUUACAUGUUAAUGUUAGAUUGGAUAAUAAAGAGGAAGAGUUUUCAAAUUGGUUAUUAAAUGUUGGUGACGGUAAAACUCAUUCUAUGUUUGAAAAAGAGAACGGUGUUUUAGAAAUUCCACAGGAUUUGAUUUCUGGCGGAAAUUUAAUAGAUGAAAUAUAUGGAUUGUCAAUAAAUCAAAAUGAUGUAUCUGUUUACUCAUCAUGCAUACUUUCAUUGACUAAUUCUGAAGUGUUAGAUCUAAAUGAACGUAUUUUGUUAAAAUUAGAAGGACAAGAAGUAGUUUAUUAUAGUGUUGAUUCACAUGUCGAUGACGACCCAAAAGAUGUAAAUAAUAUUAUUCCAAUAGAAUUUUUAAAUAGUUUGACACCAGAUGGUUUACCUCCUCAUAAAUUAUCUUUAAAGGUAGGAUGUAUAAUUAUGCUUUUGAGAAAUAUGAAUUUAGUUCAAGGAUUAUGUAAUGGGACUCGAUUAGUUGUAAAAUCAUUAUUGAGAAACGUAAUUUCUGCAGAAAUAAUUUCUGGAAAAUCUAAAGGUGAAAUAGUUUUUAUUCCACGUAUUGAUUUAUCUCCUUCUCAAGACACAUAUCCUUUCAAAAUGGUAAGAAGACAAUUUCCUGUUAGACUUGCUUAUGCCAUGACUAUUAAUAAAUCUCAAGGACAAUCUUUUGAUAGAGUAGGAAUUUAUUUACCAAUUUCAACAUUUGGUCAUGGUCAAAUUUAUGUUGGUUGUUCUAGAGUUAAAUCCAAGGAACAUCUAAAAAUUCAUGCUAUUGAUUCUGCUAUAUAUAAAAAUAUAGAAUUUCCUGAAAAGUUAUAUGUGAAGAAUAUUGUAUAUCAUGAAAUAUUGUAA